AUGGUUCUGCGGCUCGCGGCGACGCUGGCGUUGCUCUCCGUAUGUGUGCGCGCCUCCGACUGGCGCGGCAUCUCCCCCGAGUUGCAGCACAAGCUCAGCGCCGUGUCCAGUUUCAUUUGUGACAACGGACAGCAACGGCUAGAGCUCACUCGGCUGAAUGACAACUACUGCGACUGCGCGGACGGCAGCGACGAGCCGGGCACGUCGGCGUGCUCGCACACGGCCGCGUUAUUCCAUUGUGUGAACGCAGGCUUCUUCUCAGCUGACGUGCCGACGUCACGCGUUAACGACGGCAUCUGCGACUGCUGCGAUGGCUCAGACGAGUACGCGAGUGGCGUGUCCUGCGUCUCGGAAUGCGCGGAGAAGAUGGAGGCGUUUAAGGCGGACAAGAAGGACCUGAUCGAGCAGGUGGACGCGGGACUGGAGGACCGUGUUGCUCUGGUGGCGGAGGCUCAGAAGCUUUGGGAUGAAGAACAGCAGAAGAAGCAGCGGAUUGAGACUAAAACGGCGUCAUUGAAGGUUAUGGUGGAGCAAUUGGAAGCGAGGAAGGCGGAUGAGGAGCGACUGGAGAUGGAGGAGAAGGCGAAGCGCAUUGCAGCUAGUAAGAAAGAGAUUUUAUCGCAAUUAGGAUUGCUGGACAUGUCGAAGGAGCAGCUCCUGUCGAUUAUCUUGGAGAUCGGACGCAAUGGCGUCUCGGCGAAGCACGAGCUGCUGCCGAUUGUCCGGAAGGAGCGCGAGGGAGCGCACGAAGGCGAGGAAGAGCUGGUUAAAACGCUUAUGGAGGAAAAGGACGAGGCCUUCCGGGAACGUGACGAGGCUCGUCAGAAGGAGACGCGUCGCAUUGAAAAGCUGAUCGAAGAGCGGGAGGAGAAGAAGGCAAAGGCUGCUGAGGCUGCAGAAGGCGACGAUGCAGCUGAGACGGCGACGGCGCCUGAGACUGAGGAAUCGACGGAGGAGGAAGAUCUGACGUUGCCUGAGGUGGAGACUCGCCCCAUCGAUCUUCUGUAUGAAGAGCUGGCAGCGAGUGAGCGGUACGAGUGGGUCCAGGCGGUGUUGACUCGGAAGCAGCAUGAGGACACAAAGAAGGAGAUGACGGAGGAGGAGAAGAAGCUCACUGACGUCCAGAAACUUCUGGAGAAGAACUACGGCGAGGACCAUUUGUUCUUCGCUCUGCGUGACAAGUGCGUGGAGUCCGAGGCGGGACAAUACAAGUACAAGGUCUGCUUCUUCGGAAAAGCCACUCAGGAUCACACCAAGUUGGGCGAUAUGGAGGACAUCAAGAACCCCGAGUCGACUGAGGAUGAAGAAUCUAUUGUGACGGUGAAGGAGAUGAAGUUCUCGAACGGCCAAAAGUGCUGGAACGGCCCGAACCGAUCGCUGACGGUCAAGUUGGAAUGCGGCCCAGAGCCCAUGGAGCUGUCCGAUAUCGAGGAGCCCAGCACCUGCGUGUACACGGCCAAGCUGCGUACUCCUGCAGUGUGCAGUGAAGAGGAUCGGGAGCGCAUCAUGAUGCUGGACGACGCGAAGGUUGCACCUCACCACAUCGAAGUGGAGGUUGAGCCUAUCCUGUGA